CAGUAAUGGAGAGGAAUUUUAUAGUUGUGUAGCGAGGGUUCUGACAGCAAAACUGUGGGGGAAUUAGUGUAUCGAAUAUACGUACAUGUUUUCAUCAAACCGAAAAGACUGUAGCGUUAGUAUGUAUGGGUAUUUAUAGGGACGCAGUUUCUCAAAUAGUUUUUCAUCAAAACUACUAAUAUAAUAAGAGUCCCAGCUAUGAACUUGCGCCCGUAAUUAAACCGGAUGUUAUCCGCUCAUUUGCUUCCGAACUCUCCGCCUCUUUCGUUACCGUAUUGACGUUUGUAGCUGCGCACAGGGAAGUCCCUAGUCUAUGCAGUUACUGAGCGGGUGAUGCGCUCUAGUGGAGGUGCGACGCUGUAGGUUGGAGUGGAAGCUCUGCUGGAGCAAUGUCCGCCUAGUAAAGCUCGGAGAGGGUCUCGCACCAUGAAUCUUAGGGGCCUCUUCCAGGAUUUUAACCCCAGUAAAUUUCUCAUCUACGCAUGUUUGUUGCUCUUCUCUGUUCUCCUUUCCCUGCGACUGGAUAAUAUUAUUCAGUGGAGUUACUGGGCAGUGUUUGUACCAAUAUGGCUGUGGAAGCUAAUGGUUAUAGUGGGAGCCGCGGUUGGUACAGGUGUAUGGGCACGUAACCCUCAAUACAGGGCAGAAGGUGAAACAUGUGUGGAGUUUAAGGCCAUGCUAAUUGCAGUGGGAAUUCAUUUGCUGCUUCUUAUGUUUGAAGUUCUUGUCUGCGAUCGUAUUGAAAGAGGAAACCACUACUUCUGGUUGCUUGUCUUUAUGCCUUUAUUCUUUGUGUCCCCAGUAUCGGUAGCAGCUUGCGUUUGGGGCUUUCGGCACGAUCGGUCUUUGGAAGUGGUAUGUGUCCCGCUGUGGAUCCUGAUGUCCUUCCUGUGCCUGGUAGUUCUAUAUUAUAUUGUGUGGUCGGUUCUGUUCCUGCGUUCAAUGGAUGUUAUUGCAGAACAAAGGAGAACUCAUAUCACUAUGGCAGUCAGCUGGAUGGCUAUAGUUGUACCGCUUUUGACGUUUGAGAUAUUACUUGUUCAUCGACUUGAUUUGCACAAUGAUUUAUCGAAUAUUCCUAUAUUUGUUCCGCUUUGGCUUUCCUUAAUAACGUUGAUGGCAACAACCUUUGGACAGAAAGGAGGGAAUCACUGGUGGUUUGGAAUCCGCAAAGACUUCUGCCAAUUCCUGCUAGAGAUUUUCCCUUUUCUUCGAGAAUAUGGCAAUAUCUCGUAUGAUAUUCAUCAUGAAGACAGUGAAGAUGCUGAAGAAACGCCUGUACCAGAGCCUGCCAAAAUCGCACCGAUGUUUCGGAAGAAGACUGGCGUUGUCAUUACCCAGAGCCCAGGGAAAUAUGUUGUUCCUCCUCCUAAACUAAACAUCGACGUGCCAGAUUAAGGUGAAAUCUGGUGGCAUGAGGGCACUUUUUUUUUCUUUUUUUAACUAAUCCUGUUAGAAGUAUACUUUCAGGUGCCGUGGACUGAAGGGAAGAAAAGACUUUAAAAGCUACUGACCUCAUUCCUUUUGUAUUCCUUUGUAAAUGACCUUGUUUUUGUUACUGCAAUGGUCUCUUUGCUUUUAUCCCUUUCCUGAUCCAUGUCAUUUUCUUGAGAUCAAGGAUGCUGAAGCUUCCAAGUACAGUUCUUGUUGGCAAAGAAUUCUGACAUUUGUAGUUUAUAAUCUGCGGAUGGCUUUCACAUCUAUGGUCUUGGUUAAUGAUUGCAGUCUUUGGAUUCUAGUUAAUGUUGUCUAGAGAUAGACCAGCUCCGGUCCUCCAGAUACUGAACUAACAAUAAACUCUGGUAAUCUUAAUCCAGAAGCUCUUGGGUCGCAGGUUGGACAUCUCUGUAGUAAAAUUAAGUAUAGUGUAUCUUCAGGAUAUGUCUUGUGUGAGUUAUUAAGCAAUGCAGCUAUUGGCUGUUUUUCUUUUACAACAGAACAUGUGCAAAGACUUGGAUCAAACUCAAGUUUUGUGUUGUUUUAUACCACUAUUAUUAUUUUUUUUAACAAAAAAAUCAUGUUUAAGGGUCAUGCAUUACCUUGCAGAAGUGAUAUUUGAGCAGAGGGCAUAUGGCCUAUAUCUAAUAUACAACUUCCCUUGUAUAGUAUUUAUAAGAACAUUUUAUCAAUGUAAUAUAUUAUGUUCAAAGUUAUUCUUAUGUACAGUAUAAAUGGAUAAAUACAAAGUAUUUUUUUAAAUAAAAGGUGUAAAAUACAUAUACGUUGUCAAAAUUUCAUUUGUAAUUUACAUUUUAAAAUGAUCUAUGUGAAUUCUUCAAGGAAACCAUACAUCUAUACCGUUUUCAAAAGCCAGUAAGUCAUUUUGUUUUCUUACACUGAUAAUAUAAAAUGUGCAUUUUACAUGACACGAAUGCUAAGUUAUUAGACUAUGAAGAAAACAUUGGUAUUAUUAUACAUUGUAACUUGGAUGGCCGUGAGAUUAUUAUGUAUGUUCAAUAAAUUCUUUUCAUGCGUAUGAAA